UACAACUGAUAACGUAUAUCGUGCCGGUAAGUCGUAUCGAGGGAUUCAUGUCGCUUUACCUAUCGCAUAGCAUUAGUGGACACGGUGCCUAACGUUUUCUAACCGUAAUUGUUAACAAAAAUUAUUUACAUAACGGUUUACUCCACAAAAUUGUUGCGGCAAAAAUCACAACUGUUAGAAAAUACUGUGUCGAUCGCAUACUCUGUUAAGCGUAUUACUGUAAAUGUAUACGCACUAAAUAAAUUGUAUGCAAUAUGAUGUACUCGAGAAAUAAAUGAUCAUUACUAAAUUCGAUAUUGGAUGGUUAAACAAAACGUUAACAUACCGCGAAAACUAUGUAGACAAUGUAGUACGACAGUAAAAUAGUGAAUUAAUCUCUUUUCCUACACUUCCGUUGUUCUAAUAUUGCGUGUGGUAUGCCGUUCAUCAAGACUUACGUUUACAUCCACACAAUAUAUUGUAACACUUCGGUAUAAUAUUAAAAUAUAAUUUCACUAUUUCAAUAUUGUAUUAAUGCAGUAUUCUGUAUUCGAUAUGAAUUUUUUUUGUUAUCAAUCUUAACGAGUGCAUACCAGUCGAUUGCAGGAUAACGCCCACAUAUCGAUGUCGUGAUAAGCUGAUAAUCAAAUGGCCGAAUUAGCAUAUUCCUGAUAGAAUUGCCGUUUAUUUAUUUUACUCCAAACUGUUUUUAAAAGAUCAUGUAUAAAAAUUAAUUCUAUACUACUCUGAUUUCUUGCGAAUUUGUUUUUUAUAUUUUUGUCUCAUUUCCCACUGACAACACAAAUCAAUUGUAUCAAAAUGAUGCAACAAUACAUGAAAGAAAUGGAACAAGAGCCAUACGAUCCUGAUGAAUUUGUUGAACGUUUAGCUUAUCGAGUAUUUGGAAACAAUGAAGACAAUGAUAACACGGUUAUAGACGAUGUUCAAGAUACAUUUGUCCAGGCAAUUAAAGACUUAAAAUUUUUACAAGAACGACAAAAAAGAAAAUGUGAAAAACUGGAACAAGUGUGUCGAGAAAAGGAAUCAUUAUACGCAGUACAAAUUCAAAGUCUUCAAGAACAAAAUAAAGCUGGAAUAUUAAUUUUUCAAAAUUUGGAUGAACGUAUAAAUUAUGUAGCAACAAAAGUAAUUCAUGUUGGUGAUCAGCUUGAAUCAAUCAAUACGCCACGUUCAAGAGCUGUACAGGUGCAUAAACUAAUUGGAUAUUUAGAAGAGUUUAUGUCUGCUGGACCACUAUCAGUAGAUAUUUUUAAUGAUCCAUCUAAGAUUGAUGAAGCUGCUGAUGUGAUACAAAAACUAUUUCCUAUUGCUCAAGAGCUUCCUCCAGGCAAAUUUGAGGAAGCCAAAAUGAAAAUAGUUAAAAAAUAUGAUGAAAUUGAACGUUCAUUAAUUGAAGAAUUUAUUAAAUGUCAUUCUCAAAAAAAUUUAACUCGGAUGAAAGAAGUAGCAGCUAUAUUAACUCACUUCAAAGGUUAUUCUCAGUGUGUAGAUGCAUUUAUUGAAUACAGUCAAGCGAAUUCUCUUUCCGGGAAAAAUCUCUUUGCUGAUAUUAUUCCUGUCUGUGAAAACAACCUAAAAAUCAUUGAAGCAGUAUUUACUAAUCCAGAUCAAGUUAUGGCUAAAUUUAUUUUAAAUAUUUAUCAACUUAAAUUACAGAAUUAUAUUAUUACAAUACUAUCUGAGGUAAAAGAUAAAGAUAUUGCCAACUAUUUAGAAAAGCUCUCUCAGCUUUAUAAAAAAACCACUAUAUUAUCCAAAAAUCUUUCACGUUUAAAUAUUGGAAAUGAUGAUAUGUUUUUAAAUAAAAUGCAAAAAAAUAUAUUUCAGAAGUAUUUGGAUGCAUACUUUUUUUCUGAAUUGAAGAAUCUCAAAGAUAAAUUUCUAACAAUUUUACAACGGUUCUAUGAAUCUAAAGGACAUCAGAAAAAACAAAUUCAAGUUGGAGGUUUUCAAGAAUUACGUAGAGAUUUGCAGACCGUCAUUAGCACUAGGACAAACUUUAAUAUUAUGCAUAUUGAAGAUUAUGGCGGUGAAACAUUUUUAUCUGAAUACGUAGCUACUUCUCUUCUUCAAGAAUUUAAUCAAGCAUUAGAUAGGUGUUGUACGUUAUCUUCAUCAUCUGAUAUCCCAUCAAAUAGCUAUCAAAUUUUUGAAUUAUUAUCAUCUUAUCUGAUUGACGAUUAUGUUGAUUAUGGUCUAGAACUAGCAAUACAGUCGGUGCCAAUACCAGAAGCUAAAACACAUGAUCCACCGAAUGUUUACUUUUUUGAUGUUAUAAAACAAGUUAAUAAAAUUAUUUUGUUAUUUGAAAACCAAAUUUCAGAUGCUUUAGUUCCUUUAAUUAUUACAACACCUAAGUAUUCACAGUGUGUAAGCUUGAAGAAAAAGAAACUGGAACAAGUAGAAUCAAAAAUUGAUUUUGGUCUUGAUAGAUCUCUAAAUGCAAUUACUGGUUGGAUAAAAAUUUGUCUUACUUCGGAACAAAAAAAGUCUGACUUUAAACCAGACUCUGAUGUUGACACCAUGACAUCUGUAGCUUGUAAAUGUGUUGUGCAAUAUUUGAGUGCUAAUAUAAAACAUAUACGGGAAUGUUUGGAUACUAAGAAUGCUGAAUUAGUUUUGGCAGAACUAGGAAUAAAAUUCCAUCGAAUAAUCUAUGAACACUUAUUACAAUAUACUUAUAAUUCUGCUGGUGCCAUGUGUGCAAUAUGUGAUGUGAAUGAAUAUAGAAAAUGUGUAAAAGAUUUAGGUUCAUCAUUAGUAAUUGAUUUAUUUGAUACUUUGCACGCAUUAUGUAACUUACUACUUGUAAAACAUGAGAACUUAAAACAAGUCUGCUACGGUGACACUUUGGUGGGUUUAGAUCAUUCAAUACUCAGCAAUUUUAUUCAAUUACGUAGCGACUUCAAAUCACAAAAGUUAGCUGUUUUAUUAAAGAAUCUAACAUCUAGAUGAUGCUCAACAACUCAUCGUCAAUAUGCUUAAUUCCAUUAUAAAAAAAGUUAGGUUAGGUGCCGAGUUAGUUCUACACUGGUUGUAUUGACUGAUUUGAAUUAAUUAUGUAUCAGGAAGUUUAUUUAUUUGUACAAUAAUUUAUUUUGUUACU